AAGGAAAGCUCCAUUUUUUUUUUUUUUUCCCUUCAUUAUCUAUGGAUGUUGUUGUUCCUUGUGGUUAGUCUCUGGUCUUUGUCUUCUUCGUUUCGUUCGUUUCACCGAAAUUUUUAAGAAGAUUCACAUUUGAUCCAUGAAACAUGUACAUGAAGAAUUAGCUUUCAUCAUCAAGUGUCUCCUUAAAAAACUCUCUCUUUUGGUUCUUGUUUGAUGAGAAGAAAAUAGAAGAGGAGAAUUUCAACUUAUUAGAAAAAACUUUAGUUUCUUGAGAAGUGUGGAUGGGUGCCCCAAAGCAGAAGUGGACACCGGAAGAAGAAGCUGCCCUUAAAGCUGGAGUUCUUAAACAUGGCACUGGCAAGUGGCGUACUAUUCUCUCCGAUCCUCAGUUUAGUUCUGUUCUCAAGUCUCGCUCAAAUGUUGAUCUCAAGGACAAGUGGAGAAAUAUAAGUGUGACUGCGUUAUGGGGUUCAAGGAAGAAGGCUAAACUUGCACUUAGAAGGAAUUUACCGGCUCCUAAACAGGAUGAUAACAACAACACUACACCUCUUAGCAUUGUCCCUUUGGCUAAUGGCCAAGAACGGACAAAUCCAACAUCGCCUGGAGGUUCUGGUGCUGGAUCGCCACAAACUCAUGCCUCAAAGAGAUCAAUUACAAGUUUGGACAGGAUUAUCUUGGAGGCAAUUACUAACUUGAAGGAACCACGCGGUUCUGACCGAACAUCCAUCUUUAUGUAUAUAGAGGAGAAUUUCAAGACUCCGCCGAAUAUGAAAAGAAACGUGGCAGUAAGAUUAAAGCACUUGUCAUCGAAUGGACCAUUAGUUAAGAUAAAGCACAAGUACAGGUUUUCUACUAAUUUUACUUGCGUUGGAGCAAGACACAAGUCUCCUCAACUCUUGUUGGAAGGAAACAACAAAAAAGACUCACCAAGUCCCGAGGCAGACGGAGAGAUGUUUAUGAUAAAAGGCAUGACAUCUCUAGACGCUGCAGAAGCUGCUGCAAGAGCAGUUGCGGAAGCAGAGUUUGCAAUCACAGAGGCAGAAGAAGCAGCAAAAGAGGCAGAAAGAGCAGAAGCCGAAGCUGAAGCUGCUCAGAUAUAUGCAAAGGCAGCCGUGAAAGCUUUGAAGUUGAGGAUCCGUAAUCAUACUUGGUAAAACAUUAAAGCAAGAGAAGGCAUCAUGGGAAAGUUCUAUAACAGAGCAAGCCCCUAUAUAUAUAGAUAUUAUUACCAAUCAGGCGGUAUCUCAUCACCUGCAGAGUUUGAAAGUUUUCAAUACCUUUCUUUUGUUUUGGUUAGUAGCAGUGUAAAUCCGCAGUUUGAUCAUGUGAAUGUUCAUAACUCUGAGAUUCUGUAAAAACCUGAGACUAUCUUUUUCUGUUUGUGGAUGAUCUACAAGCUGGUUUGAAGGAGAUGAAUAAGAAAGUAAAUUAAGAUUUUUGAAAAA